UUCUCCAAAUGACACAGAAAGUCAGUCUGUGGUGAGCUGGAGAUCUUAUAUGAUAAGUUUACAGAUAUUUCACGUAAACCUAAAUCACAAAAUACAGUGCGUAAUUAAAUACCUGUGAAAAAUUAAUAUGGAAAAUUCAGUUUCUUAAUCUGUAGCAUACUCACUACCAAUACACUGCUUAAAAUGAGAAUUGUUUGGAAUGUGUAGUUUUAGUUUAUGAAUAUAUGCAACUGUUAAAUAAUUCAGUAUCGAAUAUAUACAUUGAAUUAUAAAUACAGACAGUCUUUAAACGGUUAAUUACUCAUUCAGAGAGUUUCAGAUGUUAUUUUUUAAUAAGAAAAACAUACAGUGGUCUGGACCUCAUAUUUGGCUGUAAAGAAGCUCUAAAAGACAAUAAUGUUAAUAUCCAGUUCAGAUUAAUCAAGUAGAUUGAGUUCUGAUGCUAUAAGCAGAGUCACAUGAAGUUAGAUGAUGUGAUUCAGCUCUAUCAGCUCUGAGGAUGAUGACAGAUCAUGCGUUUCUUCUCACAGAUUCUACGAUAGUAAGGUGACUGAUGAUGAAUGCUGUCAUAACUGAUGAAAUGUUUCUACUAAAGAUGAUUUUCUAAGAAAAGUGAUGGCAUUGAGGAAAUGAGUGAGAGAUAAAUGUGUGUCAGAUGCUCGGUAUGAGCACUAGAGAAGCUGUAUUUCUAGAUUGGAUUCGUUGACUGGAAGAAGAGCAGUGAUCAAGGAAGGGCUGUGUUCGUGGAGAGUCGCUCGUUUAACCCUGCAGUGUGUGUGAUCUCACUCACAGACAAGAACAUGAGCGAGUGACAUCGUGACGCUCAGCGCUGGGACGUCUCCGCUCCACACAUUUCCAGAUGAAUACUGAGAGGAACACGCCAUCAUGCAGAUUCUGGCUAUAAUAAUGAUGAUGAUUUUGAUGAUAUCAUCACAUUCAGCUCUUGCAGAUCAAAGUUUAACAUGUCAUAAUGAUUACUACGACACCUUCAAAUGUGUUUGGGACACCUCAAAACUGGAUGUGAUCCCUCCGGUCCGACCCGAGACCGUCUGCUGGAUUCAUGUAAAGAUUAAGAAGAUGCAAAGUCUGACUAAAGAGAUGGUGCAGAUGUUUGCAGACCCAGCACAGCCUCAUAUACGCUCUGCCACGGUGGUUGUUAAAAGCAAGACAAUACCUACAAUACCUACAAUAUCAUUGGGAGCCAAAUUACAAGAAGAAGUCCAUUGUGACAACUACACAAAUCCCAUAGCUGAAAUAGCACCACAUGAUGUAAAAAACAGUGCAGUGAAACCGGCUCCUCCUGAGGGACUGAAAGUGCAUGGGAUCAAUGCUUCAUGGAGUUUUGUUCCUCCAAAAGUUUUUUUACAGAAAUAUAAACAGUUUCAGAUCCAGUACAGAUCUGCUGCUCAGAGCUGGAAGGAUGUGGAAAAUGAUACCGUAAAUAGUCAAGAAACUCAAUGCAAUCUGCCAGAGGACCGUUUGUACUUAAGUCAGCAGUACGUGAUCAGGGUGAGAGUCAGGUAUCAAAAGAAAGACAUGCCCAAUGCUGUGUGGAGCGACUGGAGUGAAGAGUACAGCUGGACAUCUGAAGUGGGUCAGACGCCCCACACACCAGGGAUCUUCCAGCUGGAAUCAUCUGUGGCAGGGAUCACGCUCACAGGAAUCACUCUGGCCAUCAUAUUAAUCUUCACCAUUCUCUUCAAGUGCAAGAGAACCAAAAGGAAUGUGGCUUCUUUUCCUUUCAGGGUCCAGAAGAACGGUUCCACUUAUAUUCCUGAUCCCUCCAAAUUCUUCGGAGAUCUGAACUCGAGUCACGGAGGGAAUUUUACGUCCUGGCUGGGGUCUGUUUUAGCGCACGAGAGCUUCAUCAGAGUGGACACUGAGUUCAUCAGUCCAGUCGAGGUCCUGAAGCUGCAGGACGCCCGCGAAUCCCGCGUCUCUCACAGAAAUAGCGGCGGCCCGCAGGACGCAUGGGAUGACACCGCCAAAUCCUCCAACUUCUCCAACUCCACCUACUUCUUGUCCCAGAGCUCCAAGGGGCCGAGCGACGUGCUGGAGCCCUGCUCGGUGCACUCCUCGUACGGGCCAGCAGGGGGCCCCACUGACGUCACUCACCCCACUGGAGAGAAGGACACAGAGGAGCUGGAGAAGCUGAGGCAGGACACACAGAGUCCGGAUUCGGGUUUCGCCGCCGGAACCGAGGACAGCAUGGAGGAGAUGGAGCUGCCCAGUCCUCUGGGUUUAAACCUGGCUCCCCACCUGCCUCCAGACCUGCCGGCACCACAGCCCAACAGACACCUGGAUCUGCUUCUGCGGCCGAGCGGCCCCAUCCCUGCAUUACACCUGGACCUCCUCAACCUGGACCUGCAGAGCUCCUGCGGGCUGAUCGAGCCCUCCAGCGGAGAUUACAUGCCGGUGAAAAACGUGCAGAAUUGAAAAAUUACCAUCGUUCAUCUUCCGAACACACAUUAAGAUAUUUUUGAAGAAAUCCGAGAGCUCUCUGAUGAACGUAGCAAGGACAUCGUGAACACAGUCCAUGUGAAAUCAGGGGUUCAUACAAAUUUCACGAAGCUACAAGAACUUUUUGUUCGUAAAGAAAACAAACAUAACACGUGGCAUGAUGUUUUGUUUUGCACUUUCAUUGCAUGGUAAAGAGCGGCGUGAACAUUCUUCUAAACAUCUCCGUUUGUGUUCCACAGAAAAAAGAAAGUUUUUCAGUUGCUGGUUGCACAAACCACUUGGACUAGUUUUAAAAGUUAGUCAUCUAAGUUUUUUCUUCAAUACUUUUAUAUAGGUAGAUUUGACUCAUUUGAAUCCAAAACUGCUAAUUGGUCAAAUUAGUUCUUAAGACACAGUUUUAACGUAACAAGGGUAAAAGUACAAUUUUUGCCUGUUUAUUACUUGGCAUAUAGUCUUGAUGUUUCCUAUGGAUUUCUCUAAAGAGUUAAUGAAGGCUGUUGCUUCUGUGCUGGUUGAUGUGCAGGUGAUUCAGGGUGUUUGUGUGACGCAGAACGAGCGCAGGAUCUGCGGACGAAACCAGGUGAAGCACUGCGGACCGUUUCCUGUUUUCUUUUCACUAAAAUUAUACCGUUCAGUUUACAUGGUACGACAAAGGAAACCUAGUUAUGAUUUGUUUCAGACAAUUUAUUACAUUCCUCACACUGAAUAUUAUCAUAAUAUAGGCCUAUCAUUUCUAUUUAUAAGAUGUUUGGAAGCAGGGACAUUAAGGCUAACAUGAGGCAGAAACACAAAAGCAGAAGUGAAACGUUCUUUUGAGUGGCUUAUCACAGUUAUUGUUAUUUUGUUUGUUUUUGUGUGCCAUUUCACCUUGUAACUUGGAUUUUUGUAUUCAAAUGUAUGUUAAAGUGAUGAUGUCUGCUGUUUUGAUGAAUGUAAGAGACGCCAGUAGUUCUCUGCGAUCGCAAUUUGCUGCUAAAUAACAUAUAGAAGCAUAUUUGUGUUUCUGAUAGCUGACUGACUCCAGAUAUAGCUGUUUAUUAUGGGUCAGUGUUUUUUGUUGGGCAUUUAACAGCAUUGUUUCUCAGUGCCUCUAGAGGUGAAUGAGAAACACAACAGAUAGAUUUCUCCUAUUUAGGUAUUAUAGACCUAUGAAUGCUAUAGUGUAAAAGUAUAAUUGUUUUACUGCUGUGUGUCAGGUACUUUAUGUGCAGUGGCUAGAAAUGUGUUAAAAAAAAGGUUUGUUGCAAAACAUAAAUAAAAUAUGACAAUAUUGUUGCACUUC